UAUUAUUUUUUUCAGGACGUCAUAAAAUGGCGUCACCCUACUUAUUUUAAGAACAAUGAUUCAUAAAUAAUUUUGUUGUUAAUAACUGUUUAAACAAUUGCAUCCAUUUAUUAGUAGUCCUUAUUGCGUGACAUACACGAUGUUCUCGAGCGGCCCUAACUAUACGAAAUUGAAAACCAACCUGAGACUGGCCAUCACCAGGCUGAAAUUGCUUGAAAAGAAGAAAUCGGAACUAACUGAGAAGUCCAGGAGGGAAAUUGCGGAUUAUAUCAGCGCUGGGAAGUAUGAACGGGCUAAAAUUCGGGUGGAAUUUAUAAUUAGGGAGGACUAUUUUGUGGAAGCCUUAGAAAUUGUUGAAAUGUACUGUGACCUUUUACUUGCACGGUUUGGUCUUAUUCAAAACAUGAAAGAACUUGACGAGGGCAUAGCUGAAGCUGUUUCUAGUAUAAUUUGGGUUGCCCCCAGACUACAAUCUGAUGUACAGGAAAUCAAAGUAAUUGCAGACCUCUUAGCGGCAAAAUAUGGACCCCAAUACGCGGAGGCAUGUCGAAUCGAAUCGGUGGACACCAUAAGUCCAAAAUUAAAACACAAACUUUCGAUUCAGAGCCCCCCGAAAUUGCUCGUCGAAAAAUACGUAAUCGAAAUAGCCAGCGUGUUUAACAUCAAUUACGAACCGGAUCCUCAAGUUAUGGCGUUGGAACAGGGCAACGACGCCUUCUUGAUUGACCUGUCUUCCGAACAUAAAAACAAUCUUGGAGGUGGUGGUGGUGGUAACGGAGGCUUUCCGCAACCCUUAGGGUUUGUCGGGUAUCCCCAACCACCCGGAAUACCAUCGUUAUUAGAUCCUCCAGCUUUUUCUUAUCCAAUGAAUCCAGGGCCGGGUAGUGAGAAGGGCGGAGGGCCUUCGGCUCCUAUGCCGUUCAAUUAUAACAUUCCACCACAAAAUCACCCUGAAGAGACCAAGCAGUCUAAUACCGAUUUUAUGGAUAAUUUGCCAACUUACAGCAUGGUAUAUCCAGAUGUUAAUAAGGAUAUGGGUGGUAAAGGAUCUAUUAGCACAACAAAAGAUAACAAUAUUAAUGAGAACACCGAUGAUAAACCGAAACCGUUGCCAAGAACAAAGAUGAAUAACGACUACAACCUUCCAGACCUACCGAGUGUCCCAAACGUGGCACCGGGAGGCAGUAAUGACGCUGACGAUAGUACAGUCGAUUUUGAUGAUUUAACCCGAAGAUUUAACGAGCUCAAGAAACGCAUGUAGCAGUUUAACCAUAUAACGUUCGUCGUAUGCUUUUUAACUUUAUUUAUAUUAAGUCUCUUUUAUUUGUUCGCUCUUGAGUUUAUCGAACUGAUUCGCGGUAGGACUGCUCGAUAAACUCCUUUUUUUUCGUUAAUUAUUAUAGUUUUUAAUUUUAAAUAAAUGAAUAUUCAUUGUUCA